AUGCCAACGGAACGUGAUCGUUUAAUAAAACCUAUGACAGAUGCCGACCGGGCACUACGAAAGCAGUGGUUAGAGGACCAGAAGCUUUCCCCACGAGAACCCGUUGAUGUCCCGGAGUGGACUCGAAAAAACAUAUUCCGGAGAGUCUACCAUGGAUUCUUUGAUGGAUGUUGCAAUAUUUUUAAACCCAUCUUGGGUCCCGCACGCACCAAGACACUCCGCUUUUAUUUUCCAAAAGUUUUCGUAUCUUAUCUUGUCGUAUGUACCUUGUGGUACCAAGCUAAGUACUCACCUCGGGUAAGAUGA